AUGCCGAUCCAAAGGAACUAUAGCAUCUGGACGGUGGUGGCAAGAUGUCAAGACUGCAGUCAGGUGGACCGCUAUCUGAAUGAGAGCACCCGCAGCUUCCGGCAGUGCCAGGUGAAGAACACAGCCCGUCGCCACUCGCUGAUGAAGCGGACGUUGGGCAUCGAGGUGGAGCGCCGAGUGGUGGCGGCAGAGAGGACAAGACAGGAGAAGCAGCUGCGGGAACAGCUUCGAGGCAUGCAGAUUGACCGAGUCAAGCCGACUCUCACGGCAUCCGUCAAAGGCCAGAAAUACGCCACCAGGCGAGGAAGGCGCCAGUCGCACGAAUUCGAGGACCUUCACGUGAACACGACAACAGGUAAGCUGACUCUACCCAAGCUGCAGAUGCUGGGCGCACGGAGCAGCAGGUCAGGCACCCCCUCCCCCUACAGCCUCUCCCCUUCCCCCUCCCGCCGCAACGUGGAUGGGAACUGGGUAGGUGACCCGGAAGCCAUCAGGUCGGUCAGACGCCCCCGGAAGUCGGUGGAGGAGCAAGGAAAAGACCGCGCCAUGUUGAGGUCACAGGUCGCCUGAAGGAGGGACCAUACCAAUGUAGUAGGACAUAGUUUCUGUUAUCGUCAUGUCAGAUGUUUGCGCAGCAGCGAUAACAGGAAAAUAGUUAAAAUAUUAAUAGUCAGGGUGUACAUACGUUAGUUAUUGUGGAUACUCACAAGAGUGUUCAAAAUAUUUAGUUGGAAAUCAGCACUGAAUCCGUGAGGGAAUGUCAAACAGUGCAACCUGUCUCAAACGGCCACCUCAUGACAAGAAUGCCAUGAGCACUGGGCUCUUACCUCGAGGUGUCUUAACGUGGAAAACCAAAUCUUGUAUGCAAUAAAAGCAUAGGAAAACAACAACAACAAAGAAACAAACAAAGAAACAAACAAACAGAAACUUAUUAUUGAAGAAGACACGGAACUCGGUUAUUUUCUAGACACUCUAGUGUCUUUGAACUGAGAGUCUUCGGAGAAACCUCGUUACGACACUGCUUGGGUGCAAAGGUAUGUGUUAUUAAUGCUGCGGAUCCACUCGUCAAACAAAGUGUAAGUCAGGCCUAAACUACAGAAGGUGUGCUGUCAGUCAUGUCAAUGGAACACAAGAGUUUGUCUGUUAGGACUUCGUGGCAGUUAUCGAGGACAAGGGGUUUAAAUCCCACUCCUCGACCCCCUGGUGUCAGUUUUCUCGGAGACAGUAAACUUUGUAUCCUCUUCAACAAGUAAACAGAUAUGAAGACUGUUUCUUUUCAGAUGUUGGGCAGAUAUCUGAUGUGAUCUGAGUCUUCUUCACUGCAACUUCCAACCCCAUUUCCCAGCAUUUUUACAAGAAAAAUAUAUAUUUAGCGUUCAUUUGAUUGCAAAAAGUACUUAAAAUGAAAGUGCUGAAAAUAUGGCCUCGAAAUGUGUAAGACGCAUGUGAGAAAUAAAAACUGUCGUGCAUUUGGUCUUAGUCUCCAUCUUCAAUUCAGUGGCAUGUGGAAGGUGAGUCCUGUGACGAACCACAAGACGGGUUGUCUUGGAAUGAAA